CUCACCACCUAUUGCAUGGGACUUACAACAUAAAUUGUGAAAUGUGGGUGUACAUUGCAUUAUGUGCCAUAAUGUGCACCUCUGCCUACCCCUUCGGGGAUUAAAGGCGUGACGUUAUAAAAAAAAAUAACAAGGCAAACAUGUGAACGAAACUUUACAUUAAGUUCAAAACACGGCAUGUCAUUCAUUCACUGGGGCCUUUAAAAACGGUACCCAGUUGCGUCACAUAAUUACAUGAAGAUGGACUGAAGAGCAGUGAGGUUUUAUUGGAAACGAAGUGUUCGUGUCUUAUGGAAUACUGUUAUACUACACAAUAUAAUUAUCAUGAAUAUACCACCGUUGGUCAGGCAGUUCAUAGUAGCGGGCUCCUGUCAUUUAGCAGCGUUGACGGUGGGCGGAGUGGUGUCAUACCCGGGGGUACUACUACAGCAGUUGCGGUCCAAUGAUACUAUCAUACAUCUCGAUCUGGAUAAGGGAUCGUGGAUCGGCUCAGUGCACGGCCUAGCAGGGAUUCCGAGCUUCCUAAUGCCAUUCCUCAUGCAGUGCCAAGGACGAAAAUUCACAUUCCUACUCAGCUGCAUAUUGAUAAAUAUAGGAUGGGCCUUCACAUAUGCCGCAAAGAAUCUCAUAACUUUAAUCAUCGGAGAAUGCUUCCACGGGCUUGGAGGCCAUAGUCUACUAACGGUCAGCUUUUUAAGCAUGUCUGAAAUGAUCCAACCGAAAUAUAGGAACAUUUGUUUGUUACUCUACGGCACAAGUCAAGCGUUCGGGAUGUCUUUUGUCGGCAUCAUUGGAAGAUAUCUGCAUUGGAAAACCGCUGGUAUAGUUAUGAGCUGUCCAAUUAUGCUAGCUCUGAUUUUGGGGCUGUUUUGGCCUGAGUCCCCGUCUUGGUUGGCUUUUAAAGGGAGAUUUGAGGAGUGUGAGGAUGUUUUUAAACGUUUAAGAGGUACGGAUAAAGAGUCUUUGAGGGAAUUGAAUGCUUUAAUCCACGCUCACAAGGAGAACUUCGAUUCAAGACCGCCUAAAGGAGAAUGGAUGAAGAUACUUCGACAUACAUUCGUUAGUAAGGACUUUUACAAACCAUCGUUUCAUACUUUGAUUUUAGUUAGUAUAUUUUACUGGACGGGCGGGGCGGCUGUCAUAAUAUAUUCAAGCGAUAUUACACUUAAACUCACUAGCAAUAAGAACGAUCAUAUAAAAUUUAUAAUCGACCUCACAUUCUUUAUAGGCUUCAGUAUAACGACGAUUCUCACAAGAUUCUUUAGUAGCAAGAAGGUUUUAUUAUUCAGUAUGUUUGGGAGUUUCAUUGCAAUGUCUUUGAUGACGGUGGUAGCGUAUUUGCAAAGUGUAGAUAUGAUACCAAAGGACUCAAUGUUAGGGGCUUAUUUCAUGGUAUGUUAUAUGGUAGUUUUUAGUAUGGGUUCAAACGGUAUAGGGUUUACAAUAGCUACGGAAUUAAUGCCUGUAAAGCACAGAGGGAUAGGAGGCUGUAUAUUUGUACUAUGCACUUGUAUCUUUCACUCAUCUUCGCUAAAAUCCUUCCCAUAUUUAUGUGUUUAUAUAAAUUUAUGGGGGGCGUUCUUAUUAUAUGCUAUUUAUUUGGUGAUUUCGGGAGUUAUUGUGUAUGUCUGUGUGCCCGAUACAAGGAAUAGGACUUUGCAAGAAAUCGAAGAGUUUUAUCAGAAUGGUGGUUAUAAAGAGAAAAGGUUGGUUUGUGCUGAUUUGAGUGCGCGGCAAAGGUUUUUAAAGGAUAACGGAUUGUAGGAUAAAAUUUAUGUCGAGGUGGCCCGGAGGUUUAAGACGCCCGCUUCUCAUGCAUGAAAGUGCUGGUUCGAAAACUACCUACAAAGAAGUACAAAUGUGACUUUAUCCAACUUAUAUGUACUUUCUAAAAUUAUUUACACGUCACUGACAAAUGGUAAAGUAACCUGGGCUUAUCUCUUAUAAUAUAAAAAUAAGUCGGGUUUUCCUUCCUGACGCUAUAACUCCAGAACGUACGAACCGAUUUGCAGGGUUUUGCAUUCGUUGGAAAGGCCUCGGGCUCCGUGAGGCAUAUAUAAGAAAAAUUCAAGAGACUCAUAAAUUCAAGGGAAAAUAGGGAAAAUCAUUAAUGGUGAAACGGAGUUCGCCGGGUUUGCUAGUUAUUUCUAAUUAUAAGUUUGAAAUUGGCAAACCCGCAUUGUGCAUGUGUGGUGAUUAAUGCUCAAACCUUUUCCGUGUGAGAAGUUGCCUUUGGUCAGCACUGGCCACUUAUAGGCUGUUUAUUUGUAAUGCAAACCUUCUACAUGUGAGAAAAGGCCUUUGGUCAGCUGUGGCUGGCUGGCUGUUGAUGUGUGAUGUGAGGAUAUAAUGUAAAGCUGAUAUGUACUUGUAUGUUUCUUUUUUUAUACAUUUUACUUUUAUAAAUAAUACAUAAAUCUAUUGUAAAUGAAGAAAUAAAUUAGUUCUCACUUACAA